AUGGUUUUAAGGAUUUGGUCAUCGGAGUUUUUUCAAACCGUUCUCUUUAGUAUUCCCUUUACCGAUUUGGUUGAUGAGGAAUAUAUUGCAUCUCUCCCACCGCUGCGGUCACAUGAACACAUUUGUACACUGAGGGAUUUGGAGCAGCAUUAUUUUAAUUCUCCGAGGCCUCCAAAGCACGCGGCGAGGAAAUUGCAUCUUCCAGUUAAUCACCCAAUCAGGCGACAACUUUGGCCUUUCCUCAUUAAUAGAUAUCUGGGCACCUCAAUUGAGAGUCCUAGCGACAGGGAGGAGGCUGGGUCAGCAUUGCCUCGAGCUGAGGACGAGACGCCUCAGCCCUCUCCGGAGCGUCAGAGCCUGUUGGUCGGUCAGGAAUGGGCUGACCGUCGGCUACAGCCCACAUACCACCUAAACGCACGAGGGCAGGCCAUCCACCUUGCGGUGCUUCACGACCUUGCGGUCUCGCGGCCCCAUGUUGUCUACGCGCCGCACGUCUGGCCGUUGGCUGCCCUUAUGUUGCAUUACUUGCGCCCACGCACUGCCCUCGCCUGUAUGCGUGCUCUGCUCGACGCAGCGCCAGACGAGCGCGUGGCGCAAUCCAAGAGUCUCUGGCGCAGUCGCUGUCUCGCCCUCGAAGCCCUGCUUGACACCAAGUCCUCCACGUUCCUUCAUUGGAGUCUCUUAAACUUCCCUGCAAUCGAGGAGGUGGGCGGAGGGAAGAGUAAAGGGAUAGGUAGAAGGAAGGGGAGUGUGAAACAGAAGCAGAGCGAUGCGCUUGCCGCCUGGCCUAUAGCCGUGUGGUUCGUGCCCUUUGAGUGUCUGGUGCCGAUUGUGGACUGUUUCCUCGCAGAGGGCGUCAAGGUUCUCUUCAGGAUGGGUUUUGUUCUGUGGAAGUUGGCGCAGGGGAAGAGAGAGGAGGUGGAAGGAGAUGAGGAUGGGGAAGAGGGGGGGAGUGCUGAUUUGCUUAAGUCUGUUGCCACCGCCUACCCAGCCUCGAAGGCGCGUGCUCUGCUUAAGGAGGCCUUCAAAAUCCGCCAACUUUCGCGGCGGCAAGUCGAGGCCGCUGUUCGAAAAGCAGCCAAAUUGUGCCAAGGUCUGCAAGACAUGGAAACGGCGCGUCUACAGGCCUCAAAUGGAGGUGUGGAUAUCGUCGACAGCCUUGUGAUGCCGUGCGUACUUCCAGGCCAGCGUACCUUCACUGCGUACAGCCAGGUGAGGGCGGAGUUCGAGGCGCGUCGAUUCGCUGCUGCCGUCACCGCUCCCACCACCACUCCUGGCCAUGUCAACGUCUCAAAUCUGGCCAGUGCGGCGGAGUUGGAUUUCCUGAUGCAAGCCGUGAGAGACGAAAACAUCGCACAAUUCUCUUUACCCAAGGUCAUCUUCUACACCGAGCGUGACGGUUCCUCCUUGCGCAGCCUCUACCGCCUCUGCGGUCUCCACGCCGAUACAACCGGUCGCCCGCAGACCUUCAUCCUCGUUGCUACGGCCUCGAGGGAGGGCCUCUUCGGCGCAUUCGUCACUCACCGCUGGUCUACUGGGGAUCGCGGCUUCUACGGCAGUGGGGAGAGCUUCCUCUUUCGCCUGCGACCCACUCCCGAAGUUGUAUACAAGUGGAGGAUAUCUAGUGGCUUGGAGUACUUUCAGCAAGCGACGGAGAGUGCUCUUGAAGUGGGCGGUGGCGUAGGCGGGGGCCCGCCAGGUCUGCGACUGGAUGCCGGAUUGCAGAGCGGGCAGUCAGGACCCAGUCCAACUUUCGGUAGUGAGUGUCUGGUGACCGCGCCGACGGACCGAAUCAAUGUAGGUCGCUGCAGGAACGAUCAGGACGAUGGCGGCGGUGGCACCGAAUACUGCUCUUUUAAUGUGGCUGCUGUAGAGGUGCUCGGUUUUGUCUGUUCGAACUCCUUUUUGGCUUAG